CCUCAUAUUUCUGGUGUUUCUUCUGGAAUGUCAAUGGAUUCGUGGUGAAGAAGAACCAAGGCUUCCACUGGGAAUGUCGAAAGAAUUAUAUUGCGAGGGAUGUGAAGCUGCUAUAAAAGAAAUGGACAAAAAUCUGUCCAAGAAUGCAAUAGACAAUGUUAUGAUUAGGAUCGUAGAAGCUAUGGAUGCCGUGUGUAGCCCAAGGGUACUCACCGUUUACAAAUGGAGUCCGCCCAAAAUGACCAAGGCCUGCCUGCACGUAAUUGGCACAUACGACGAAGACCUGGAGGAACGACUCUACGAACAGUACAAAAACCCCGGCCGACCGAAGAUGCCCACGCAAGAGUUUGUUGACCACAUCUGUUACGACUGGAUAAAAGCCUGUGUGGAUGUGGACAGGGACUAUGAACCGGAUGAAAGCGUUGACGGGCCUGAGGGUGAAGGUCUGGAAUCCCAAGGAGGUAUGGCUGGACCGAUGGACCAUGACGGGAUCAGGACGAUGGGGGACAAUGGAGACGGCAACGAGAGUGAGUAUGAGACCACAUGGGAGACGGACAACGAAGCGGAGGAAGAGGGGACAGAUGUGGACAGUGACGAAAAGGAGAAGAUUGUUCCGGGCACUGGUCGCGCAACUCUUACUGAGUCUGGGAAGAAGUCGGAUGACGGGAAGGAUAUUUUGAAUCGCAAGGCGAAUGACUUUAAGGACAGUGGCGAUGAAGAUACUGGGAUGAGAUCGCAUCGGGAUGAAAAAAAAGAGGCUAGUGAUGGGAAGAAGAAAAAGAAGCUGCUGAUUGAUAACGAUGCUGAUAGGGAUGGUGAAUAUGAAGAUACGAAGAAGACAAGUAGAGAUGGUAAGAAGUUUAGUGAAAAUGUUAAGAAGAAUACUGCGGAUAAAAGGGAGAGGAAGAAACUACAUGUAUUGGUCGAUGACGAUGCUAGUGAUGAUAAUUAUAAAAAUACUGCCUGGACGGAAGAGGAGAAGGUGAAGCGUAGAGAGGCAAAUUACAUAGAUGAUGGUGAUGAUGGUGAUGAUGAUGAUGAAGUAGUUGAUAAGAAGGAAACUAAGAAAGGUAGUACUAAAGAUGAGUUAUAACCAUGAAGUUUGGUGGAUGUUUUUUUAACGUUAUAGGUAUCAUUCCCUCAAGUUACUUUUCAUAUUAAUAAAGUUUCUGAAUAAUUGUGGCUGGUAUAUCUCAUCUCUCUGAAAUACUAUUACAUAUUAUCAGGUAUACACUUGUGACUGGUUCUUGAUGAACUCUAAAAACAUUUUUACUGAGACUCAGUAUACUUUUUCUAAUUGCAAUGGCGUGUCAUAUUGCCCGCAGGUGACAAUCUAUACAGUUAUUUAAUGUGUAACUUAAAUGUUAAUUUUGAUGAUAUAAUUCUCGUUUAAAUACUUGCAAUCAAUAACAAACAAUUGGGGAAGUGUGAAAGACAUUGUUAUAUUAAUAUUGGGAUAAUUAUUGGAUUGCUAUUGUAAGAGUGAAUGAGAGGCAUCCACGUGUAACUAAAUUUGAACAAUAUAUGAAACGAAUUUUUUUCCCAGUUGCAUUUCCUGGUUAUUCACAGGCGCACUGAAUGCGAUUAAUUAAUAAAGCGCCAAUUGUUUAUUUUCAGAUAAUAUUAAUCUUAAUGAAAUCUAGAUGUAACUUUAGAAACUUUAGUUUUGUUGACUCGAUGUUAGGUGAUCAUUAGUACAUCAGCCCUGUGUAAUUAGGUUUUUUGUCGUGAUAUCGUAUCAAUGAAUUGGAUGUUUCCUAAAGGCCUCCAUACACUGCAUGACAAAAGUCAUUUAGUGGCUUAUUUCCAAAAAAAUGUUGCAAUGUGUAUACGAUUGUACGAAGUAUCCAUAUGUCCCGCCUUGUUGAAAGUUGUAUAACGUUAACCACAAAAGUCAAUAGGUGUGUAGAUGAUUACGACUAUUGUGACCGUGUUUCAGGUGGCCGUUCCGGCUUCAAACUCUUGAGUCAUCUUUUACAAAAGUCAUUCAGUGUGUAUUCACUCAGUGACCUUUGUGGACAUGUUUACCCCUGUGGAAAGCCUGUGGAAAGCUGUGGACAGCUAAAUUGAACUUGUUCAAUUUUUGGAGACCUGUUGCUCAUGGGACAGGAAGAUGGCUACUUGGUAUUUAGAAAAAAACAUCAAGAUUUUGUGACCUUCCGGGGGCGCAAGAAUGUCUUUUCAACGUCAAGUCCCCUCUGUUCCACGAUAGGAACGAAAAGAGGAAAAAGAUAGCCGAAAUCGCUACUGAAUUUGACGUCACCGGUAAGGUUCACAUUGGUAAUGUUGGUAAAUAUGCCCCGACCAAUUCCAAUACACGUUUACCCAAGAAAUAAAUGAACAAAAUAUUAAUAUCCAGUUUAAUAUUUUUGCUUGGAAGACAAUACAAGAAAAUUGGAUGUAAACCCUGUGAUUUUGAUUGCAAUUCAUCCACUACUUAUGAAUCAAUGUUCAUUGGUCGUUUAAAUUAGAAUGAGGACAGAGCAAAUCGCACGCGGAGCCACUUCUCUUUGCGUGCUACACAGGCUACAGUCCUAUAGUCCGAAGAUUCUGAGGCAAAAUCUAAAUGUCAUUCAUGUUGAUUUAUACUUGAGAGCUUGUACUGUUUUAAUGCCCGCCGUUGUUUAUGUUAACAGCAGAUGACGUAAUCAAGAAAAUCGCAUUUGUCUGGUUCGUCUUCGCCGAAUGAUGAUAAUGAGAGACAGACAUACCGAUGCGACCAGUUCGGUGUCUGCCAUGGUUAUGAAGUGUGACGUCGGUGUAGAAGAGUUUUAGUCAUUGUUGACGUGUCAUGAAUGUGUAGUGACCAGUCAACAACUUUGGAAAGUCGAAAAAAUAUUUGUGGCAAAUGGUGAUUUCUGUGUCCUGUCGGGAUCAUUUUGUAGCAAAUGUCGAGUGUCACCUGGAAACAUAUGUCGCAGGUGCGUUUUGGACGUCCACAUGUCUAUCAGUGUGUGGAGAAAUUUCGAUUUCUGUGGAAUGUCACCAGAAUGUCUUUUGUCGAAGAUGACUUUUGUAGCAGCUGAUUUCUACUUUUGUCAUGUAGUGUAUGAAGGCCUUAACAUCUACAAUAAUACAGAGCGAUCAAGUUUUCUCCACUGUGAUUUUAAACAUCUUCUUUUAUGUUAUACAGAGGUAUUGGGAAUGAAGGGAAUAAGUGGAUUCAAUUGCAAUGGGACUAAUACACGUUAACAUGGGUUACUGUACAGAUGUACAUGUAUACGGCAUUUCCCGCGUAUCUCCGUGUCUGACACCGUAGUCUGGCCGCACGUACACCACCUGAAAAUGGACCACCAAUCUUGGUUCGCGAACCAAUGCCGCACCAUCGAAAAUCCACCAAGCGCUUACACCAGCGCUGCAGCUAGUUAUAAAAUCCGGCUACAGAUGGCGCGCAAACAAUAAGCAGAAAGCGCCAUUUCGAAAACGCCGCCUGGAGCCGAACCAUCUAACUAGCUAAUUGCCGAUCCAUUUGCUCGUACACCACGACAAAGCCGAGCUUUUAACAAGCCGGGCGAAUUUGGACCAUCAAGCUUGGUGGGACAAAUUCGCCCGGCAAUUUGUAUCGGCAAUGGAUUGCCGAACCAAUUUGUCGCGGCAAUGUGGUGGUGUACGUGCAAUUGGUCCACCAAUAUUUCGUGGUGUAAGCGCAAAAGGGAAAUUGAUUAAAUUUGAUUUAUCUGUACACAAAUACAUAACAGUUAUAUAACAAUGCAUGUUUAUUGUCGUAUGUUGUGUUUGAUGGUUUUAUAAUGUAAAUAGUCUGUUAAUGGGAUUGUUGAA